AUGCAUGCGUUCUCUGCUGCGGCUACCAUGGUUGAUCCAACCAGCUCUCCACAACUGAACACGGCUUGCAGUAUGUUCAAGAAUUGGGCGCAUCAUCUGGAUAAUUUAUUCUUCAGUGAAAAACACGAGGCGUCUGCGUUAUCUCGUGGCUUACCGGCAAUCAACUGCUACAUCGAAGCGGCUAGAGUAGAAAAUGAGACGAGGGCGCGUAAAUAUAUCGCCAGAAUCUUAUGGACAGCAAAGCAUGUGGUAGCAUCUGGAAUAUACGCUGCUGCUGGUUUGGAUGGUGUACUGAAGGAACGAUCCCGAUCCAUAGUGCCUUUCAACUGGCUUCCUUGGCUGCCGCAACUUAUGACUGAACUUCAAGAGCGGCCCAAUUCUGGAUUCACUUCUAUCGUGCAGAGAAUAGCUGCUGCAUAUCCGCUGCAGAUAGUGUCAGCUCUCCGGCCUUUGCUAGAUCCUAUUUUGAUUGAUGAAGUGAUCGAAGCUGUCGCCAAAAAUGCUCCGGUGCCAUCGUUCCCCGACGACCACAGGUGUGCUGCGCUCUGCAAAGUUCUAGAGAAAGCUUGUAGGACUCGACUGACGGAUGUUCGAAUGUGGAAUCGCUUACUCUCCGGGUUCUCUUCCAUGCGUGAAUUCUGGGCUGAACGGCAUAUUAGAUACGCUUCACAGCUAAAGAGCGAGAUCCUCAGGUGUCUUUACAACGCUCGGGAGACACGCCUGGAGGCAGCGUCGCUUGACGAACGGGCACUAAUAGCCAUAUCGUUGUGGUGUGCUGAACUGAAGCGAAUCAAUUUUGAUGACAUUAUACACGAGCAUGAGGUGCCAUCUUCAUCUCGGCACGCUCUUCCUCUACAAACUGAAGAUCAGUUUGUCGAUGAAAUCCGUACUGAGGUUCUCGAGAUGCUCGAUGUGACUCCUCUCCCUGAGGGGUCAGCCUUGUUGAAACUAGCUGAAAGUGUAAUCAAGUGGCAAACCAAAUUGCACAACCGGCUUUACUCGCUACCGAGGCGAUAUCCUAUUCGGUUGUCCAGCAAAUUCUUGGCUGACUACAGUAGCGCUAUGGCUUGUAUCGAAAUUCCGUCUUCGUUCAAUGCCAAUAUGACGAAGCAAUACCAAUACGUAACGCUGAUAGCCCGAUUCAAUCCUCAUGUGGAAGUCGUUGUCAAAGGUGGUCGUGUAAUGAAGAAAUUGCAGAUUAUGGCGGUGAAUGGAAAGACCUGUGUGUACUAUCUGCAGCGGUCUGUGUUCGAGGAGAAAACGAAUCGUUGUCAGCAGUACUUGCAGAUAGUGAAAACAUUACUCGUCAAAGAAAGGGAGACUGCACGUAGACAUCUUUCCAUUUUCACACCUACACAACUCGUUGUCUCAUCACACGCUUUGCUAGUGGAUUGUGGUGGUAAGAGUUUUCCGAAUUUCUUUCAGAAAAUCAGUUUUCUCACAGUGUUUCAACCAGGUGCAUAUCCAAUGAGUCUUGUUGCGAAGAAGCCCUACAUAUUUGGUGUGAUUCGGCCAUUUGACGUAUUUGCGCGAUAUGGAAUGACGUUUGGUAUGAGGCCAGACGAUGCGAUUACGAUGUUCUACGAUCGACUGGUCACUCCUGAAGGAUCUCCUCAAACCGUAAUGCUAGACACAUACAGAAGCUUCAUCAUUGACAAUUUUGUUGGACCAUCGAUACUGAAAAAUUAUGUGGUGGAACGUUUCACUGAUGCCACCUACUACUAUUUGUUCCGAAAACGAGUAGCGCAGCAACUUGCUGUGCUGAAUGUGCUGGAAAUGGUCAUGCGUCUGUCGCCAUUGUUCCUUGAGGAUGUGUCCAUUCGGACAUCGACUGCUCAGCUGGCUACUCCUCGAUAUAAGUUCACCAUUGAUGAAGACUCUGAACGUAUUGUUCCGUUCCGAUUGACACCGAACUUCCAGUGGUUCCUUGGAAUGACAAUAGAAGGUAUUUUUUUGGAAAAAUAA